AUGCCUCGGCUGAUUGAAGUCAUUGCAAACGACCGCUUGGGUCGUAAAGUCCGCGUCAAGUGCAGCCCGGACGACACGAUCGGCGAUCUCAAGAAGCUCAUUGCUGCGCAGACCGGCACCACACCAGAAAAGAUUCAGCUCAAAAAGUGGUACACGACGUUCAAGGAUCACAUUUCGCUCGGCGAUUAUGAAAUCCAAGACGGAAUGAGUCUCGAGAUGUACUAGGGACUGGCACGGCUGCAAUUACCAUAUAUCCACGCCCAGGUUCAUGAAUGGGCCAGAUAGACCCUUCAUGAAAGUAGAAAAUCCGGGAGUCUUGCCGGAGAUUGGCAUUCAGCAGCACCUCUCUUGCGUGAAAAUCGAGACAACCCACCCGGAAACAGAAGGACAGGGAGCACGAUACCCAGGAAGAAGGCGAAUUUAGACCGCAUCUGAUCGUCGUCCUUCACUGUUUGGAGGAUGAGUGGUGAAGAAGAGGAAAGCUGCUCGAAGCGGUGCAAUGGUGGCGUAUCCUUUGCAGUAUUG